GGAAUGACUGGCCGGAUGUCGCCACAGAGCUGGCAGGCGGCGCUGUGGCGCCCGGGCCGACCCUCAACUUUGCAAUCACUCUAUCCUUGGCAGAGCGACUCGUUGGUCCGGGCCGCGCAUGAGCAGAGCCUUCCUUUCGCUAUUCCCGCCCUCUCCCCGCCUCUCUCUUGUCUUCUCUGCCCUGGGAGCAGCUCUCCUGCCACGGCCCUUCAGCCCCUGAAAAUGUACGCUUGCACCAAGUUCAUCUCCACCUCCUCCUUGAUCAGGAGAACCUCUCCACUAUUGAACCGAUCACUGUCUGCAGUGGUGCUGAAACGACCAGAGACACUGACAGAUGAGAGCCACAGCAGCUUGGCAGCCCCGCGUCCCCUGACCACCUCACUUAUUCCUAGCCGCAGUUUCCAAACCAGUGCCAUUUCAAGGGACAUUGACACAGCCGCCAAGUUCAUUGGAGCUGGGGCUGCCACAGUAGGGGUGGCUGGCUCUGGGGCUGGAAUUGGGACUGUGUUUGGGAGCCUCAUCAUUGGUUAUGCCAGGAACCCUUCUCUGAAGCAACAGCUAUUCUCCUACGCCAUUCUGGGCUUUGCCCUCUCGGAAGCCAUGGGACUCUUUUGCCUGAUGGUGGCCUUUCUCAUCCUCUUCGCCAUGUGAAGGAGCCGUUUCCACCUCCCAUAGUUCUUUCUCCCGUGUCUUGUCUGCCCUGUAUGUUCCUUUUCCUGUACCUCCCCAGGCAGCCUGGGGAAGGGGGUUGGCUCAGGGUUUGACAGAAGGAAGACAAACAGAUACUGUAUUAAAAAGAUGUUUCUUGA